GGGAAAAGAUGCUGAACUUAAAGGAUGGACCUUUUAAAUAUGGCGAACUUGCGAGGAUAACGGGGAACUUUGGAACAGUUCUCGUUGAAGGAGGAUCUGGAAAUGUAUAUUUUGGCACACUAGAGGAUGGCACCAAAGUUGCUGUGAAGGUCUUCUUUUGUUUUUCUAUGCGAGGGUCCAGGGAAUUUCAAGCCAAGGCCAAACACUUGAGGGCUGCUCACCAUGAAAACUUGGUUUCUCUGCUUGGAUAUUGUGAUGGCACCAAAACCAAGGGGCUAAUAUAUGAAUUUAUGGAUGGUGGAAAUCUGCAACAAAACUUAACAGGCGACAGGCCAAAUUUCUUGACUUGGAGUAAGAGACUUCAAAUUGCCGUGGAUGUAGCACAAGGUUUGGAUUAUCUUCAUCAUGAUUGCCACCCACCCAUCAUCCAUGGAGACUUGAGUGCUGCAAACAUCUGGUUGAAUGAGGAAAUGCAACCUAAAUUAGCUGACUUUGGUAUCUCAGCUUUUGAACCUCGAGCUCUUGAUUCUUAUCCAAUUUGUCCUCUGGGCACUCCAGGCUACUUCGACCUAGAGUUUUAUCCAUAUUCAAGGCCACACACGAAAAGUGACGUUUAUAGUUUCGGAAUCAUACUCUUUGAGCUAAUUACAGGACAUCCAGUAGUAACUAGAGGCGCAGUGCGCAACUUUUUUUUACUUCAGUGGAUGACUCCUAUCGUUGAAACUAAAGAAAUACAGAUGAUUAUGGAUCCAAGUUUACAAGGGAAGUUCGAAAUUGACUCGGCUUGGAAAGUGAUAGAGAUUGCAAAGUCUUGUACACGGCCAACUGGAGUAGAAAGGCCGGACAUAACUCAUGUACUGGCGUUACUGAGGCAAUCUUUAGCAAUAGAAUUGGCAUCUCAGUGCUACCACUCCGAGGUAGUUAACUAACUAGAAAAUGUCAACUUUAGGUGCAAAAAUAUCUGCAGCAGUUUAGUACUGAACUCAAGUGGUGGCUUAUGUUUCGGAG